AUGGUUACCAUAGAAACAGUAUCGUACACAAAAAUUGCCUUCAAUAAUAUCAAUAACUAUGCAAGCUUUAAAAUUAGUAGUAAUUGGACCAUUGGAGAAAGUAAUAUCUUUCAGAGUGGUAAAACUACAGUAUCAAACUUUCUUGCUGAUGCUUCAGAAAUCCCUUACAAUUACCAUCCAACAUAUGGUGUAAGAAUACUAGAAGCAGAAGCACAAGGCAUUAUAGUAAAUAAUAGAACUAUUUCAAAAGAUAUUGAAAUAUGGGAUUGUAGUGGCGAUUUCAAAUUUAAAACUUGUUGGCCUGCUAUAAGAAAAAAUUUGCAUGGUGUGAUGUUAAUAUACAGUGCAAAAAAACAAAAUUGUUUAAAAGAAAUACAAGAGUUCUAUGAUUAUUUUGUUACACAGACUAAAUUAGGUCCUGAUAUGUGCGUAAUAUUUUGUUACGAUCCUGACAGAACUCUAUCUGAAUUACCGAAAUCGAUUUCUUCCACAUUUCCCAAAGUAUCACAUGUCAGAUGCGAUAUAGAAGAAAAUGGUAAUAAGUUACAAGCUGACUUUCGUUCAUUUUUAAGCUCUCUUAUGACUAAAAUGCAAGACUAUUUGGAUCAAGAAGAAAACACUAUAUUAACCGAUAAUAUUUUAUUUGCUAAAUAAUUUCCUAUUAAUUUAGUAAGAUAUAAUAUAUGUACACAUAUUGUACAAAAGUUUAUAACAAUAUUAUAUUUUAAUUCCAGUGUAUAAUCUAUAUAAAAAAGGAUUAAAUUUAUAAACUAAAAUAAACCAUAUACAUUCCCCUUUUUUUUUCUUUAACCAUUAUGUUUCUAAGAGUAUCAUUAUAUUAAUCAGCUGAAUGUUGUGAUAAAUAAGUCUUUAAUUCCUCCCAUGCAUUUUGUACUUGCUUUUCUGUGAAAUCAUGAUCCCACAAUGUGCAUAUGACAACAUUAGCUUCUUUAAUUUGAUCUAAGUUACUUGGUUGCAUUUCUAUUCUUUGUUUUGCUUCAUCCUCUGAUAAAAUAUUUCUUUUCAUGAUUCUUUUAAUAGCCUACACAUUUAAUAUAUAUAUAUAUAUAUAUAUAUAUAUAUAUAUAUAUAUAUAUAUAUAUAUAUAUAUAUAUAUAUAAUUUCUUAAUAAGAUAUUUGUAUAUUGUUAAUAACAUGAAGUACAUAUAAUAUUAACUAAUAUUAAACAAACCUCUUCUGGUGGAAUUAUGCAAGCCCAUAUUUCAUGACAUUCAUUCUGCCAAUUAGCUUGUAUCAAGACUGCUGCCUCCAUAAAAAUAACAUUAUAUCCUCCUAUAUAUAGUUCAUUUAUUUUCCUUUUAGCCUCUUCAAGAAUUAAAGGCCACAUUAAAUUAUUUAACUUAUUUAAUUGUUCCUGCAUUUUUAAUACAAAAUUAUCAAAUUAUUGAAAAAACAACUGGAAUAAUCUUGUCAUAUUAUACAAAUUAUAUAUAUAAAUAUACCUUAUCAUUAAAUACAAUAUUACUAAGAGCUUUUCUAUUGAUAAAACCAUCUGCAUUAAGUAUGCCUGUACCAAAAUGUGUAACUAUAGUUUGAAAACAUUGUUUUCCAGGAAGAUAUAAAUCAUGUGCAAUUUUAUCACAAUUCACAAAUCCAGCGCCAAAUUUUUGUACUUUCUCGAUCACUGAUGAUUUACCACUUGCUAUACCACCAAUUAACCCAAUAAUAUAAGGUUUAAGUGGUUUAUCUUUGUUUAUCUGCAAAAUUAUUAAUAAUAUAUAUAAAAAUAAAAUAUGUAAUAUAUAUAAAAGUAAUAUAAAUAAAUAUAAUUGAAGAGGUCUAGUGUC